AAAAAAUCAUUGUUUAUUCGAGAAGCUAUUCAGCAGUUAUAGCAUUAUUUAACAAACUAAGGACGAGUUAUGUCCGACAAACUUGUCAAGUUACGUCGCCACUAUGGAGUACUACAUGGAAUUGGUUGUGUUUGCGGUUUAAUGUUUGGUGCUGGUGUGUACAUUGCUCCAACUGGUGUUUUAAGGCAGGUUCGUUCAGGCCCUCUGUCGAUUGUAAUAUGGGGAUGUGCAGGAUUAUUUUCAUUUGUGGCGUCACUUAUCUAUGCGGAAUUGGGUACAACAUAUCCCGUUUCUGGAGAAAAAUAUGCUUAUUUAUUAAAAAUGUACGGAAGGAAAAUAGCUUUCCUGUACCUUUGGACCUAUCUCUUUUUGUUCAGAUCCUGUGUUAAUGCUGUUAAAUGCAUAGCUUUUGCUAAAUAUAUUCUUGAACCAAUAUUCGGUUGUGAUAAUAUGCCACCUUACGCCGAUUUUAUAUUAGCUUUGUUAUUUGGUUGGGUUCCAGUUAUUGCCAACUGUUUUUACGUAAAAUGGGCUGCCAGGGGACAAACGAUUAUGACAUUUAUGGGAAUUGCAGCAAUGUUAUCAAUAAUAGUAACAGCUAUUUAUAAAGUUGCUUCAACAGGGGAUUUCGGAGAUUUAUCAACAGGAUUUUCAACUGGCAAUUAUGACAUUGAAAGUUUAUGCUUUGGAUUUUAUUCAGCUCUUUGGGCAUUAUGGGGAUUUCCCUUAAACUUUAUGAUUGACGAAUUGAAGAAACCUGAAAGAAAUCUACCAAUAAUAGCAACCUGUUCAAUGAUCAUUACUAUCGUACUAUAUAGUCUGGUAAACUUUGCGUAUGUUGUUGUCUUAGGAGCAGAGACGGUCGCAAAUAAUGUUGCAGUUGCAUCACUUUUCGCAAAGAAAAUAUGGGGACCAGGGUGGAUUUUAAUAAAUUUAUGCAUUUCAUCAAAUAUUGCUAGUUCAUUUAAUUCUGGUAUUGUUAUUGGUUCAAGACUUACACAUGCAUCAGCGAAAAGAAAAGAUUUAGCUGACGCUCUAGGAUUAGUGAGUAUUAAGUACUUAACACCUAUUACGGCAAUUAUAUUUCAGGGAAUUUUAACAACUUUAAUGAUGCUACUUAAAGAUAUAUUUGUUAUUAUUAAUUUAUCUGUAUUUACCAAUCAAAUGUUCGAAAUAUUGGUGAUUAUAGGAUUAAUUAUAAAUAGAUUUAAGAAACCAGAUAUUCCAAGACCUUUUAAGGUUCCAAUAAUUCUUAUUAUAUGUUUUGCAAUAACAAUGAUUGGUCAAGCACUUUUAAGCGGUUGGAAGAAACCAUUACAAACUGUUCUUGGUUUCGUAAUAACAGUUUCAACAGGAUUUACAUAUUAUAUAUUAUUUAUAUAUAUAGAAAAGAAACCUAAAUUUUAUAUUGAUAUGAGAAGAAAAAUUACAAUUUUAUUACAAAAAACUUUCUACGCUUCAGAAGAAGACUUAGUACCUUAA